AUGUCGUCCGAUAGUAGUUCACCAGAAACAACAACAAUAUCUGAACAAAAUACAACUACAAAUGAAACAGGAACUGGAAAACAAGGUAGGAAAAAGACAAAGUCGUCCGUUUUAUCAGAUGAACAAAAGAAGGCCCACCAUAUCGCUUCAGAACAGAAAAGAAGAGAAAAUAUCCGUGCUGAAUUUGACAAAAUAGUAUCUUUGACUCCUAAUUUAAACGAGCUGGAAAAUCGAUCAGAAUUAAAUAUAUUAACCAAAAGUGCUGACUAUAUUGACGAGUUGAGAGCAGAGAAUAUUAAAUUGAUUGAAAUAUGUCGUCAGAAAGGUAUUAGCAUACCACCUGAGUUAAUAUAUUCGGGACCAAAAAACGAUGGUAGUGAUAUCGCAAAAUAA